GGCUAGUGUUGAUGUUGCAUUGAAGCAAAUCAGACGUCGAAAUGGCACACGUUUUCACGCAGCAGCAAAUCGAUGAAUACAAGGAAUGUUUUCUGCUGUACGAUCGGUCAAGGAAGGGAUUUAUAAAGGGCGAUGACCUUGUAGUAGCAAUGAGGUCAUUGAAUACACAUCCAUCUAUUGCGGAGAUCAAAGAGUACCGAAAAGAGUAUGAAAACGGUGGGCGUGUCAAGUUUGAUGACUUUCUUCAGAUCAUGUACAAACACGAGGAGGAACCGCUGGGCGAGAUCUUAGAUGCUUUCAGACAGUCUGAUCCUCAGGGCAGAGAUUUCAUCAUGGCUCCAGAAUUCAGGCACAUCAUGACUCACUUCGGUGAAAGACUCUCCGAUAAAGAAGUGGAUGCCGUACUUCGAGAGUUUGGAAUUCAAAAGAAUGGCUUUGUGAACUACAAGGAGAUCACCAAGCAACUUCUCAAGCCCAUACCUGACGAAUUAUCGUGAAAUGAGAACAAGACUUUUUCUGAAAUGUAGUUGGUAAAAUGUUCAGUCGAAUUUAUUUUCAUUUAAUAGUUUAUUUUGAAAAACAGUUUUAUGAGGGUCGGCUUUGCUCGUAGUGUUAAGAACCCUUCAGUUCGAUGCUCACUUUGAUAAAUUCAAAUCAGUACUACAUGUAUAUAUCUUUAGCCAAUAUUUUAAAGAGCUAAAAUGGUUUGGUAACAUUUUAUGUAGGUUUAUAAGGUUAGAAAAACAGGCGAGUCAACCAAAGAGCUUUUGAAAUUUGUAUUGGUGGUCAGGAUAAUUAUAUUUAUUUGUUUCUUAUUGUUUAACCCAAGUCAGUAUUGAACCAAUUCACUUGACGUAGUUAUCACAAAAAUCUUGGUUGCGUCAUUUUCUGAGUCAAUAUCUCUCUGUCUAAAACAGUGAAGUUUUGUUUUUGGCAAUAUAGAAUUAAAGCGCUUACAAUAAUUUGAAAAAUGGUAAGAGUGAAAGAGAGUAGACUGGGCCCCUGCCUUUAUCCGGAAGGAUAAAGACAGGUCCCCACGUAUCUCUAUGUGAAAUGAAUGUAGGGCAAAGGUGAAUAUACACCCCAGUCUGGAGGCAGGUCUCUGGCGUUAUUCAUGAGCCUUGAAGGGUGGCGUCAGAUGUUUAGGCUAGAAAGAGAGUAGCAGUGUAUGACUUUAAGGCUAGGGGUCAAUUAUGGAUAUUGUACGCUAUAGACGUAUUAUCAGUUGGUCAUCAUGCAUGUACUAUGUUUAGAAUUUUUGUAUUCGCGUAAUUUUGUAAAUUCACAUAAUUUUUGUAAAUGAUUUAGUGUAUUGUAUUCCUAUGGUGUAAGUAUUCAGUUUAGCAGGGGAUAUAUUUGCUAUUCAAAAAUUAAAUCAAGUUUGAUAUUUAAUUUUCUUCUUUUGAUUUUUCUGCUUUGUAUAUUUGAGUUUGUAAGAAUCAACGUGUACAGAGAAAUCCUGUGUGUGCCGCGCAUACACAUAAAUGCGCUUUAAACUAAAGACGAAAGAUGCAACUGGAUGACGUCAAUGCAAAAGGUCUAUACAUGAUUCAGAUAAACAAAAUCAGCAAUAUGCAUAGAUUAGAA